UCUGAAAAGUAAAAUUUCAUGUGUAUAAAAGCUAAAGUCUUAAAAAUCAAUACCAUUUGUAAAUUUGUUGUUCAAAGCUGCUGGACAUGUUUGGAGGAAAAACAGAGAAAUAUAUCCAAGGAGUACUUGCAAUGACCUUGUUGUUCCACAUCAGUUCCGUGACUGGAAAUUGCACAAACACGACCCUGAAGCUGUUUGAUGACCAAAUACAGGCUAUACAGAAGUCUGUGAGAACUAUUGUGGAGGACGGUUUCUGCAACAAGAAGAAUGCUCCCGUGGGUUUUCAUGCAUAUAUGGGGUCAACAAAAACAUACGAAAAGGGUGUUGUGUGGGUGUAUGAUUCAGUGGUCACCAAUACCCAUAAUGCCUACAGCGCCACCACAGGAAAGUUCACCACACCGGAGCAGGGGUUGUACAUUUUCUCUAUUGACACAUUAAGCGACCCGGGAAAAGCGUCACACGCCGGUCUCUAUGUAGAUGGCAAGAUCAGAAGUUGGCAAGUUUGUAACAACGGUGGCGGGAAAUCUCAGUGGUUGACCUGUAGCAAUUCCGCAAUCCUUCUGCUUCAGAGAGGUGAAACCGUGUAUGUCGCGGAUUAUUAUUCAACAGCCAGCAUUAGAGAAUUACAUUCAGAUUUUAGUGGAGCUAAACUUAAUUAGUUUAUUAAGAUAUUUAUUAAUUGCACUGAUCUGAGGAAACAAUAAAAUAGUUCUUGAAGGAUA